GCUCAGCAUCGCGGCCUCUGCCCUGCCCUGCCCUGUCCUGUCCUGUCCUGCCCUGCCGCGGCCCCGUCACCGCGGCCCCCGUGCCCAUCCCCGCUCCCUCCUGCUCCUGCCGCUGCCGGGCGCAUGGCGGCGGGGGCGGGCGGCGCGGCCCUGGGGCGGGCGGCGCUGGCGGCGCCGCUGGUGCUGCUCUACUACGGCUUCUCCAUCGGCAUCACCUUCUACAACAAGUGGCUGAUGAAGAGCUUCCCGUUCCCGCUGCUGGUCACUCUGCUGCACCUGCUGCUCAUCUUCGCUCUGGCGGCGCUCGCCCGCGCCCUGGAGCGCUGCCGCUCCGGGCGGCCGCGGGCAGCGCUGUCCUGGGCCGACUGCCUCCGCCGGGCCGCCCCCGCAGCUCUGUCAACUUCCUUGGAUAUUGGGCUGAGUAACUGGAGCUUCCUGUAUGUCACUGUCUCCCUCUACACGAUGACCAAAUCCUCUGCCAUUCUCUUCAUCCUGCUUUUUUCACUGCUCUUCAAGCUGGAGGAAAUGAGGGUGACGUUGCUGCUGGUGGUUCUGCUCAUUGCUGGGGGACUCUUCAUGUUCACCUACAAGUCCACACAGUUCAACGCUCAGGGGUUUGUGCUGGUGCUCUGUGCCUCCUUCCUGGGGGGCAUUCGCUGGACUCUCACACAGAUCCUGAUGCAGAAGGCUGAACUGGGGCUCCAGAAUCCCAUUGAUAUCAUGUUUCACCUGCAGCCGCUCAUGUUCCUGGGGCUCCUCCCACUCUUUGCGGUGUUUGAGGGCCUUCCUUUGUCCAUAUCAGAGAAGCUCUUCCGUUUCCAUGAAGCAGGAAUGCUGUUCUCUCUGGUAGGGAAGCUGUUCUUGGGUGGAAUUCUUGCCUUUGGUCUAGGCUUUUCUGAGUUCCUCUUGGUUUCCAGAACAUCUAGCCUCACCCUUUCCAUUGCUGGCAUUUUUAAGGAAAUCUGCAUUUUAUUCCUGGCCACACAUUUACUGGGAGACCGCCUCAGUCUCUUGAACUGGCUGGGCUUUGCUGUCUGCCUCUUGGGAAUCUCCCUCCACGUUGUUCUCAAAGCCAUGAAUUCCAAAGGUGACAAAGCACUGGAGCCACACAAAGAGGGCAGCUCUGACCCUGACCUGCAGCUGCUGCUGCGCCACCCCGAGCAGGCUGAGGAGGAGGAGGAGGUUGUUGAAACCCCACAGCAGCACUGACUGAACAUGAAGCACAAAGCUGCCACCUGCUCUGUUUUUACCUGACCUGCCUGGCAGCUAUCCAGGAGGAAGGUCCAAAAGUCUCUGUGGCCACGCAAAGCAGAGCCAGGGCCCGCUGAGGGAAUUCUGCUGUUCUGCUGCAGUGUGGAUCUGUAGAUGCUGCACAAGAAAAGGCACAUCCCUUUCACAGGAACUUGGAAGACAAGCUCUGGUUCAGUGGGUGUAGAAUGGUGAGGUGAGACAGGGAAAAGCUAUGAAAAGUCCAUUAGGGGAUCCUGAAAGCUGUUUACUGACAAUGCAGACCAUGAGCUGUAGAAUGAACACGGACACAUCUGGACUUUAGGCUGAGUGAUUCAGGGAUGAUUUUACUGCUGUUUAGGUUUUGACUUCAAAGGAGAAGGUAGAUACACCUUCCAUUUUCUUUUUUAAUGUUUCUGCAAAUUAGGAACUCCCAUCCUGGUGGGAUCACAUGGCUGAAUAAAUCCCUGGAGUUGUCCCGGCGAGGACCUUUUGUGCCUGGGACCUCCAUGUUCUGUGUGCACAGUAAGGAGAGAAUUAAAUGCUGGUGUUUGGGACCAGUUGAAAAUUAUGAACAUUUCCAGAUGAUGUAGGUUGGAGUGAAGACAGGGAUGCAAGAGUACUUCUGCUACAGGCCAAGAGGAGAAUGAACAGUGUCACAUGAGAUCUAACUUGAGCAAUAAGCUUAUCAGAAAGUAUGUGGGGUUUUGAGAGGGGGAUUUUUUGUUUUUUAAAUAAACUCUUUUUCUCA